AUUCAAUCACUCCACCACCACCACCUCCGCCGCCAUGGCUCCAUUGUUAACCAAACGAACCUACCAAUUCGUCGUAAACAAUUUCUUAAAACUCAUUUUCAUACCAAUCGCACUAGCUGUUUCAUCCAAAGCGGACUAUAUCAUACAGUUCUACAAUUCCAUGCAUCUCACCCCACUCCACUUACUAUGCACCACCUUCCUAAUCCUCUACACCCUCACCGUGUUCCUCGUCUCCCGCCCGCGCCCCGUCUACCUCGUCGACUACGCCCUCUUCAAGCCCCCCCGCAGCUACCGCGCCUCCUUCGCCGGCUUCAUUGAGCACGCCCGCAUGGGGCGCCUCUUCUCCGAGCCGAAAAGCGUCCACUUCCAAAUGAAGAUUCUAGAACGUUCCGGCCUCGGAGAAGAGACAUGCCUCCCCCCUGCCCUCCACUACAUCCCCCCGACCCCAACGAUGGCGCUGGCCCGGGAAGAAGCUGAGCUCGUUAUUUUUUCCGCGAUGGAUUCACUAUUUACCAAGACCGGAGUCAAACCGAGGGAUAUUGACAUUUUAAUUUUAAACUGUAGCUUAUUUUCACCGACGCCGUCGCUGACGGCGUCGGUGAUUAAUAAGUACAAAAUGAGGAGUAAUAUAAAAAGCUUCAAUCUCUCCGGCAUGGGCUGCAGCGCCGGCCUGAUCUCAAUCGAUCUCGCCUCCGAUCUCCUCCAAAAGCAUCCUAAUUCAAACGCGAUUGUGAUCAGCACCGAGAUUUUAACCCCAAAUUCCUACCUAGGGAAGGAGAGAGCAAUGCUCCUCCCAAAUUGCCUCUUCCGGAUGGGCGGCGCCGCCGUGCUCUUAUCCAAUCGCAGAUCCGAUCGCCGCCGCGCGAAGUACCGCCUCUCUCACGUCGUCCGAACGCACAGAGGCGCGGACGACAAAUCGUACGGAUGCGUAUCGCAGGAGGAGGACGACGAGGGGAACGUCGGGAUCAAAUUGAACAUCGAUCUGAUGGCGGUGGCCGGAGAGGCCUUGAAAUCGAACAUCACGGCGAUCGGACCGCUGGUCCUCCCCGCAUCGGAGCAAUUGCUCUUCGCGAUCUCUCUAAUUAUGCGAAAAUUCUUCAAUUCGAGAUCUAAACCGUACAUUCCCGAUUUCAAAGAGGCGUUUGAGCAUUUCUGCAUCCACGCCGGCGGGAGGGCGGUGAUUGAUGAGCUGCAGAAGAGCCUCCAGCUGACGAAUGAGCAGGUGGAGGCGUCGAGGAUGGCGCUGCAUCGAUUCGGAAACACUUCUUCUUCGUCGCUGUGGUAUGAAUUGAGCUACAUUGAGUCGAAGGGGAGGAUGAGGAAAGGGGAUAGGGUUUGGCAGAUUGCGUUUGGGAGUGGAUUCAAGUGUAACAGCGCGGUGUGGAGAUGUAACCGGACGAUCAAGUUGCCGGUGGAGGGGCCGUGGGCCGACUGCAUUGAUAAGUAUCCGGUGCAUGUUCCGGAUGUUGUGAAGCUUUAGUUUACGAGUAAAAAUUUAGUGGUCUGGAUACAUGCGUGGCAUAGUAUGAAAAGGAGAAAUAAAUUUCUAAAUUAUUAUGUCCGGACCACUAAAUUUUUAUUCCUAUAAAAGAAAUUGUUAUGCUCCUACCACUUUUCUGAAUUGUAAGUUUCUACUACCUUUUUACUAAUUGUGUGUCUAUGUAAUUGAAUAUGGAUUUUGUUUUUUCAAAAAAUAAAUGUUGGAUGGCUA